AUGGCUCCGAAGCCCGCUGAGAAGACGGAAACCAAAAAGAAGCCAGUCGCGGAGAAGAAGGCAAAGGCGGAGCCAAAGAAGCCGGAGGAGGAGAAGAAGCGAAAGGCCGAGGAGCCCCCGGCCGAGGAGCCGCCGAAAAAGGAGGCCAAGGAUGAGUUCGAGGAGGAAGAGGACGAUGUUGUCGACUCGAAGAAGGCCAAGAUAAAGUCGGACGUGGAAUUCUUGACACCAGAUCUGACUCUGGAUGCGUUGCCGUGCAUGGGUAACAAGGUUCUGAUGUCCAUCAAUGAAGGUGGACUCCAGUACAUGAUCUCAGGUGCGCGCGCUAACGUUGGGUUGAAGUCCGGCCGCCACAUGUUCGAGUUCAAGAUCGUGGAGACCUACCACACGACAGAAACCUAUAACAGCAGAUUGAAGCAGAUGAGGCAACUCGUGCGAGUUGGCUUCUCCACAGCAGGCUCCCCGCUGGUCCUUGGUGAGUCUGAUACCGCAGUGUUCUUCGACAACGAGGGCAACUACUGCACUGGGAAGACUCGAACUCCUCGGGUGGUGCAGAAAUUUGCACGUGACCAGGGCAUGGCUGUGGUACUGAACCUGGAUCCGAAGAGUCCUCAUGCGAACACAAUCAGCCUCUUCACAAAUGGCGUCCGUGCCUGCAAGCCGCAGAAGCUUCCGGAGCGCCUGCAUUUUGUAAGUUCUUUCAGAGCGUUGCUCCUGCCAGAACAGGCCAGUUUGUCGUACUUGUAG